AUGGCGAGAGCCUCAAUUGUGACAGAGACCAAGGGCACCACUACUACUGAGACAAUUCAGGAUGUCGACUUUGUUCAGGAAGAUGUGCAGGCCCGCGUCUCGAAGCCACUAUGGCUGCUGAUAGUAAUGACUAUUCUAUCUUCCACUUUCCUUUUCUCUUUGGACAACACCAUCGUCGCCGAUGUCCAGUCGCCCAUUAUCGAAAAGUUCGGCGAGGUCGGAAAGCUGAGCUGGCUGGGCGUUGCCUUUGUCCUUGCAUCCUCUGCGACUAUUAUUACUUGGGGCAAACUUUACGGCAUUUUCAGCGCAAAAUGGAUUUACCUCGCUUCUGUCGUGCUCUUUGAGGUUGGCAGUGCUGUUUGUGGUGCGGCUCCCAACAUGAAUGCUUUCAUUAUCGGCCGUGCUGUUGCAGGCCUUGGAGGAGCCGGUAUGUACCUUGGCUGUCUGACACUAUUGUCCAUCACCACUUCCGUUCGCCAGCGACCGACUUACAUGGCUCUCACUGGAAUCACAUGGGGAAGUGGUACAGUCCUAGGUCCCGUCGUCGGAGGUGCAUUCGCUCAGAGCAUCCAUGCAACAUGGCGAUGGGCAUUCUACAUCAAUCUGUGUAUUGGAGCUGUUUUUGCUCCAGUGUACAUCUUCUUUUUGCCCCGUGCUGAUCCUCAGGAAGGUGUUCCAUUGAAACAAAAGCUUCUGCAGAUUGAUUAUCUUGGGGUUGUCCUCAAUGUCGGUGCCUUUACAGCCUUGAUCAUGGCAAUCAACUUUGGAGGUAAUCUUUUUGCCUGGGCAGCAGCCCGGGAAAUUGCCCUGUGGGCUGUGGGUGGUGUUAUGCUUGUCUUGUUUGGGCUACAGCAGGCGCUCAAGAUUGGCACCACCAGUCAAGAGCGAAUUUUCCCCGGGGACUUGUUGCGGAUGCCUAUUAUGUGGAUCUUGUUUGCUCUUAUGUGUGCUGCAUCGACUUGUGUGUUUAUUCCAACCUAUUACAUCCCGAUCUACUGUCAGUUCGUCAAAGGGGAUUCGCCUCUUACUGCAGCUGUGAGACUUCUUCCAUUUAUUGUUCUCAUGGUAUUCUCCGGGCUUUUGAAUGGUGCCUUGAUGUCGAAGCUGGGUUACUACAUGCCAUGGUAUCUAGUGGGUGGCAUUCUCACGAGCAUCGGAGGUGGCUUGAUGAGCACGAUCGACGAAACCAGCCCCAUAUCCCGCGUUUACGGCUACUCUGCUCUUAUCGGCAUCGGUGCUGGAAUGUUUAUCCAGACAGGAUUCUCGGUAGCCCAGGCCAAGGUUUCGCCCAGCCGUGCCUCAGACGCUGCCUCCCUUAUUGCUUUUGCUCAGAACAUCGGCAUCGUGCUUGCACUCGCCAUCUCGGGAUCAGUAUUCCAGAACCAAGCCCUGGAUAGCCUUCAGGAAUUGCUGCCAGGUACUCCGCGUGAAGCCUUGCGAGGUGCGAUCUCUGGGUCCAACAGUGACCUGAUCAAGACGAUACCAGCUGAGACCCAAGCCAAAGUCAUUCAUGCCAUUGUGCAUGCAAUGUCUCACACAUAUUAUCUGGUAAUUACUGCGGCAGUGAUGACUGCGGUAGGCUCUCUCUUUUUCAAGGUAAGAAGCAUAUUUCAACCAGUGAGGAUCAGUCGAUACUAA